AUGCUGACGGUCCCCCCCGCCUCCCUCCUCCCGACUUGGCAUGGACGGGAACCCACCAUCUAUGCCUGCUUGCUUGGUGAAUUCUCCAAUAGCAAUAGCUUCAGCUUAACAGCAGUCGCGAAGAACAGGCGCACGGCCAUGGUAAAGGGCCGCUGGACGUCCCAGGAACACGCAGAUUUCCUGGUAGGGUUGGAGAAGUACGGGAAGGACUGGAAGGCCAUCGCUGACGUGGUCAAGACGCGCACAACCGUUCAGACCAGGACACACCACCAGAAGUACGAGAAGCAAGUCAAGAGAGGCAGGAAGUUUCCGGAGGAGCCGUACGAAGACGACGACGAUGGCGGCGGCGGCGGCAGCGGCCGCAGCGGCCGCAAACCCCCCCGAACCAAAGCGAUCCGUCCUUCCCGUGCGGGCAUCCUGAUAUCCCCGACACCGGUCACCGUUCGGGGCAAGAGGCUCCUCACCCCCCACGCCGGCGGCGGUAAUGGUAACGGUGGUGGCGGGAGUCGCGGCCGCCCGCGGUCGACUCGCGCCGCUGCCGCUAAGGCUAAGGCCGAGGCUGAUGCUGCUAAGGCUAUGGCGGAGGCGAGCGCCGCGAGGGUCAUCGAGGCGGAGGCGAGAGCGGCGGAGGCGGUUGCUGCCACCGCCGCUGCCGAGACGGCCGCGCCGGGCCGUGUGGGGGAGGAGGAUGCCGGCGAGGGCAGCAGCGACGCAGAGUGGACGGCAGGGACGGAGUACCGCCCGGAGAAGAGGGUCAAGACUGGCCAUCUCUCGGCUGACUGCGAUGCCGCCGCCGGUACCUCUUGCGACUACGGGCGUCAGCUCUUCUCGUUCCCGUCCUCCAUCACAGCCCCGGGCACCGCUACGCCGCCGACAGUAGCGGAGGUGCCUCCGUCCCCCCGUAAGGAGGCUGCGCUCACCAAGUCCGUAUGGUCGUCGUUCGGGAACUUGGCUGCACAAGGUCAGCCUGCCACCAGCGGUGAGGUCGGCAUGGAAGAAGAAGUCGGCAGCUACUUCGGCGACCGCGAGCUCAGCGGCGGCGCGAGCGCGAUGCCCGUGAAGGCAGUCACGGAAGCUUCCGCGGGUGGUGGCAGCGGUUUUACGAGCUGGGGCAGCUACGUUUGCGACUGCUGUUCCCGCCGUGCGGAGAACUCGCCUCACUAA